AUGCCCUUCCAAGACGAAAACGACGCCUCCUGGCUGCCUCUACCUCACGGCCACGGAGUCACCACCCUCAACAUUGCCGGUGCGGCGCUGCCACCAAACAGGCGCAAGCGGCCCGGCCACCGGUCGCCACCGGCCGCCCACCCAGCGCACGACCAGCAAAGCCAGCACGACCCACGCUUCCCACUUGGUGAGGGGGACAAGAUGGGCAGGAUCACAUACCUCGACCCGUGCGUGCCCAUGCGCCAAAAGAAGUACAAGCCCUUCACCGCCUUCAACCGUCGCCACUUGGGUGGCGCGUCGCGUCCACCUCCUCGCGGCCUGGAGCCCUCGUCUGCUCACCGCCACGACUGGACUCCCUUGCCUGGUGCCCGUACGUGCAAACCCGCUCAGCUCGAGACGCGCGAGCCAGUGGCGGGUGACGCGGUGCCGCCUGCUGCCAUGCUGCAGAAGCUCAGGUUGGAUGCGGGGUUGCUCCAAGCCGAGACGCGCAAGACUAGUCAACACACGAUGGCGUCCACCAAGGGCAAGCAGAAGAAGAACGCGAGCAAGGGCGGUUGA